AUGCAGACUCUGAACGUUGUGAAUAAAGUGGUGGCGUUCGAGAUGAUUUGUCGAGCCAACGAUUACCUCCCCGAUUAUUUCAUGUUCAAGUACUUCUUCAGGUUUUGCUGUACUGGUGAUAAGUACACAUUUUCUGGCCGGCAAAGAGGGUACACCCUGGUUCUUGACGGGAGAACACCCAAAAUUUGGCAGGAUAAGUGGUUGUGGGUGAACCAGGGCUUGGCCGGUAGCGGUCGUUACCGUGCUAACACCUUCGCCGACACCCCUCCAAAGCUGUUUCCCCAUAAUCAGGGUGUUGCUGAUUUCCUGAAGAAUGUCCAGCGUGGAGUUCCCAUCGCCCGGUUCUUCUAUCACAUCCCCCCUCCCGGAAAAGUUGGGAUUUAUCAUAAAACCCUAGAUGCUGGUAUUCGUCUUCCGCUAACCGAAUUCCAGGAGGAGGUCCUACAAAAGGAUGGUUGUAGUGUUCAAAUGCAGACUCUGAACGUUGUGAAUAAAGUGGUGGCGUUCGAGAUGAUUUGUCGAGCCAACGAUUACCUCCCCGAUUAUUUCAUGUUCAAGUACUUCUUCAGGUUUUGCUGUACUGGUGAUAAGUACACAUUUUCUGGCCGGCAAAGAGGGUACACCCUGGUUCUUGACGGGAGAACACCCAAAAUUUGGCAGGAUAAGUGGUUGUGGGUGAACCAGGGCUUGGCCGGUAGCGGUCGUUACCGUGCUAACACCUUCGCCGACACCCCUCCAAAGCUGUUUCCCCAUAAUCAGGGUGUUGCUGAUUUCCUGAAGAAUGUCCAGGUGUUGAAUCCAUGA